AUGGCAGCGACUCUUCUCCAGAAUGCCCUGGGCAUUCUCCUCCUCCUCGCCCCGGCCGUAUCCGCUUUCUACAUCCCCGGCUACUCUGUCACGUCCUACCUGAGAGACGAGCCCAUGCCGCUCAUGGUGAACAAGGUCUACUCGGACAAUACCCAGCUCCAGUACGCCUACUUCGACCUCCCUUUUGUCUGCCCGCCCACCGGCGCCCACCGAGCCGGCGGUGCGGGCGGUCUGCUCUCGGGCGAGAGCGUGCCCCUGAACCUGGGCGAGGUCCUUCGGGGCGACCGCAUCAUGGCCUCGGACCUGCAGCUCGCGAUGCUGCACGACACGCCCUGCGCGACGCUCUGCACCCGGGACAUCACCCUCAAGGAGCUCAUACGCGCCCAGGAGAUGAUCGAGGAGGGCUACGUCGCCGAGUGGAUCGUCGACAACCUUCCCGGCGCCACGAGCUUCGUCACCGUCGACAAGACCAAGAAAUACUACGCCGCCGGCUUCAAGCUCGGCUACGACCUCGAGGUGAACUCGGCCGCCACGCCGGCCCGCCGGGUCCAGUACUUUCUCAACAACCACCACACCAUUGUCAUCCGCUACCGUCGCGCACUGGGUCGCGCCGGCGACCGCGGCGAAAAGGUUGUCGUCGGCUUCGAGGUCUACCCCAAGAGCGUCGGCUACGACGCGCCCCGCAACGAGCACGGCUGCCCGGCUGACGUACAGAAUGUCAAGUCCGGGCUCGAGCUGACCCCCAACAAGACGGCCAGCGCUCACGACGACGAGCCCGUCAUGUCCAUCCCCUACACGUACUCCGUCUACUUCCGCGAGGACGAGACCAUUGAGUGGGCGCACCGCUGGGACCUGUACUUUGUCAACCAGGAUGAGGGCUCGCACAUUCACUGGCUGGCCAUUGUGAACUCGCUGAUCAUAUGCGGCCUGCUGACUGGCGUCGUCAUGAUCAUCCUCGCCAAGACCAUCAGGUCAGACAUUAGGACGUACAAGGACGCCGUGGCGGAGGAUGGCAAGAUCCGGUUGAAGAAGAUCAGGCCCCCGUCGACCGGAUUACUGGAGCAGCCGCACGGCGGCGACGACGACGACAUGGACCUGUCGGACGAGGAGGCGCUGGAGGACAUUACAGGCUGGAAGCUGCUCCACGCCGACGUCUUCCGCACACCCGCCUGGGGUGGCCUGCUGGCGCCCCUCGUCGGCUCGGGCGUGCAGCUCUUCGUCAUGGCCAUGGGCCUCAUCACGCUGAGCACUUUUGGGGUGCUGAACCCUAGCUUCCGUGGCGGCUUUAUCAGCGUCGGCGUCGGCCUCUUCAUCUUCGCCGGCCUCUUCUCCGGCUACUUCUCCGCCCGUCUCUUCAAGAGCUUCGAGGGCCGGGGCCACCGCCGCAACGCGCUCGUCACCGCGCUGCUGGUCCCCGGCAUCGCCUUCUGCGCCGUCUUUGUGCUCAACCUCUUCGUCUGGGCCCAGGCCUCCAGCACCGCCAUGCCCUUCAGCACCCUGCUCGCCAUCAUGGCCCUCUGGCUCUGCGUGCAGGUGCCCCUCGUCUACGCCGGCUCGCACCACGGCUAUCACAAGGCGCCCACUUGGGAGCACCCGACCAAGACGACGGCCGUCCCGCGCCCGAUCCCCCUCCAGUCCUGGCUCAUGCACCCCGUCCUGUCCGGCCUGCUGUACGGCCUCAUCCCCUUUGCCGUCCUCUUCAUCGAGCUGCUCUACGUCUUCCAGUCCCUCUGGCAGGACAAGUCGGGCUACUACUACGUCUUUGGCUUCCUCGCCGUCGUCUGUGUUCUGCUCACCGUCACUAUUGCCGAGGUCACCGUCGUCUCCGUUUACGCCCGGCUGUGCGCCGAGGACCACAGCUGGUGGUGGCACAGCUUCAUCGUCGGUGGCGGCAGCUCCAUCUGGGUGUUUGCGUACUGCGUGUGGUACUACCUCUUCAAACUGCACAUUACAGGGUUUGUCAGCGGCAUGCUCUUCUUUGCCUACAGCGGUCUGGCCUGCUGCAUGUACGGCCUGCUCACGGGGACCGUGGGCUUCCUGAGCGCGUAUGCCUUUGUGCGGAGGAUAUACGGCGCCAUCAAGGCUGACUGA